GCUUGGCUGCACUGCAGUGCUCUACAGAUUUGGGAAGGUCGGCUCUACGGUGUGACGUCAGAAGGAGAAGCGGCCAUUAGGGCUCGGAAACAGCGCGCGGAUAAAAGCCUCAGCAUCACCGCGCAGUCCAGAGCAGACACGAUGGACAAGAUAACGGGCUGAUCCCGGGAAUCCCGUCCCUGUUCCUGAGAAGCGGCUUUGUUCCGCCGCAGCAGCCGGACUGAACCAUGCCUCUGCAAGCCAAGAGGUAGCUAGAGGACAGGAGAGAGAAGAGGAGAGAAGGAAGGCAGGGGUUUGGGACAGGACCCGAACAAGGGGGCUGGAGAUUUCAGUGGAAGCGCUCAGGACGCUCAGGAACACUCGGAGAUCUCAGAAGGCAUCAGAAGUGUAGCGUUUCUUUUUGAAGAGAGAAGAUUUCAGCAAACUGCGGCUGGCUUUCCAUCUGAAUGUUCAUCUGCAGCACGCUGCCGAGAAAUGGGAGCUUUAACCAGCAGACAGAAUGCUGGAGUGGAGGAGGUGGACAUCCCAUCCAACUCCGUCUACAGAUAUCCACCCAAAAGCGGAAGCUACUUUGCCAGCCAUUUCAUCAUGGGAGGAGAAAAGUUUGAUUCGACCCAUCCUGAGGGCUACUUGUUUGGAGAGAACACAGAUCUCAACUUCCUGGGAAACAGACCAGUUACAUUCCCGUACACCGCCCCACCACCUCAUGAGCCAGUAAAGACCCUGCGAAGUCUCGUCAACAUUCGGAAAGAUACUCUCCGCCUGGUCAGAUGCAGCGAAGACAUGAAGUUGCCCGGACAUGAAGUCGGAAAGAGUCGUAGUUGCUACAACGUUGAGUUUACCUUCGAUGCUGAUACACCAGUCGCCAUCACUAUUUACUACCAAGCCGUUGAGGAAUUCCACAAUGGUGUGCCAGUAUACCUGCCACAGGACAGCUCUCUGAAAUCGGAGACGGUGCAUUUUAAGAGAGGCGUCUGCCAGCAGUUCUGCCUGCCCUCGCAUUCUGUCAACUUGUCCGAGUGGUCAGACGAGGAGCUUUUAUUCGACAUGGAUAAGGAAGUCUUCCCCAUGGUGAUUCAGGCGGUGGUGGAUGAAGGAGACGAACAUUUAGGACACGCGCACAUUCUUCUCGCCACCUUUGAGAAGCACAUGGAUGGCAGCUACUGCGUGAAACCUCUGAAGCAGAAGCAAGUGGUGGAUGGUGUUAGUUACCUACUUCAGGAGAUUUAUGGCAUAGAAAACAAAUACAACAGCCAGGAAUCCAAAGUGGCCGAGGACGAGAUCAGCGACAAUAGCGCGGAGUGUGUGGUGUGUCUGUCAGAUGUGCGUGACACACUCAUCCUUCCCUGCAGACACCUGUGCUUGUGCAACACCUGCGCAGACACUCUACGCUACCAAGCCAACUGCUGCCCUAUCUGCCGUCUGCCGUUCCGAGCUCUGCUGCAGAUCCGAGCCUUGAGGAGGAAGCUAAGCCCCGUCUCCACCACAGGCUACAAUCCAGCCAUCACGUCCCAGUCCUCAGACUCUGAAGAGCAUUCGGCGGCUGAACACAUUCCCCAGGGAUUCGAGGCCGUGUCUCUUUUAGAGGCUCUAAACGGCCCGCUGAACCCGUCACCCUGCGCUCCUGCACUGCAUGGCCUGACGAAAGCUCAUAUCUCAGGCAUUCUACCUGCGUACGGCACUGCGAGUCAUCACACGGCCACACUGUCUCACCUAGAACACUCCAUCACCUCCAGCCAAGGCCUCAAUGUCAAGAAGAGCAGCUCCAAGUCUCUCUCCCAGAAUUCCCAGAACUCCUCAGUGCUGCCUGAGGAGGAGGAUGAGAAGUCAUGCAGUGAGUCAGAGGCUCAGGUGUGCAGGAGGAAACUGCCUGUGGAUCAGCAGGAGUGCGGCGUAACCCCAGAGAGCGACAAUUUCACCCUGUCCUCAUGCGGUGCAAUAGAACAGUCUUCGUGUAGCGGCACCCCUCUGUCCUCCACCAUCACCUCGCCUGAAGAUCCAGUGAGCAGCAGUUUGGCUCAGUCUGUCAUGUCCAUGGCUUCUUCACAGAGUCAGAAUUCACGCAUCAGCACAGACACGCUCUCCUCCAUGUCCGGCUCCUACAUGCCUGGAGCCGAGGGGGACGAACGCCACCAGAACACCCCCGAGAGCCGGCCAGCUUCCCAGCAAGAGGGCGAGCAGAAAACCCCCAGUGAGUCACAUGACCACAGAUUCAUGGUAGCAGUGCUUGAAGAGCAGGAUUCGGAGGGAAACGAUGUCACUGAGGAGGACUGUGCAUCUCCUACUAAAGACCAGGGUGGGCGCAGGAGGAGUGAGGUGCCUUGUCCAGAGUUUGACAAUAACAAUCAGGGGCGGUCUGACACCCACUGUGUGACAGGCCUGGACAAUGAACAGGCUCCUGAUGGCCAAUUCGCUGAGCUGCUCUACCUGGAAGCCACCUGGCAUUCCCAGGAGUCUCUGCUUCAGCAUGCCUCUAACAGCAACAUCAAUCUGGACGAGCAGAGCGUCACCAACAUGGGGACGAGCCCGAAAAACACACCAAAAACACGCCACGGACCUCUAGCUGUGUAAAAGGCAUCCCUCCAGCGUCUGACUCCCGUACCGACUCCACGAUCUUAAAAGCAGGACAAUUCAUUUCUCAAAUCUCUUCAGCCUUCACUCUGUCGCUUCUUUACCAAUGCAUGUGGAGAAACACUCAUGAUGAGCAGACCCCUGGACUGUUCUGACUCAAAUAGGAGCUUCUGGUUAAGUAUUAAUUAGAAGUGUAUUCAUUUAAACCACAGGCACUCAACACUCUAGGCACAUUUCCACCAAAAAGAAGCUAGAGCAACUGAGUUCCUGGGCUGGAUUUUAUUUCCAAGAACAUAUUUUUCAGUUCCUGGAACUAACUAACUAUAAUCUAACUAGUAGACUGAGUGUUUAAUCUAAAUUCUACACAUUAGAAAAAUUUUUUUUUGCUCCUUUAUGAAAUGCAAAUUUCACAUAAUUCACUCAAAAAUGUCCAAAAACCGAAAACUUGCAGGAAUUACAGUAAUACAUUUUGUACAUGCUUCCACUCACCUACUACACACACACCACCUUAAAGGUGCAGAUUGUCAUUUGUAAAAAAGUGUUUCUGUCACUUUAAUAUUAAUACAAUUUAAGAUACUAUAGCAAAACUAUCAUUCGCAAUAUUUUCAUGCCAUGGAUCUGGUUAGUUUUUGCUUUUUGUGAUUUUUUUUGGUUCAUUUCAGGUUUAUUCUUCCAGCCCAGAAAUAAGCUCCGCCCUCAGCUGCAACAAAGCUGCUCAGGUAUUCCCUCCCUUUUUCCUUCAAAGAAAAAUUAUUUACAAAAAAAAACAAACAUAUUUUCAGUGUUAUUGUAAAAGCAAUACACCUUACAUGCAGCGGAAGCCUGUAAAAAUUACAAACCGCUGCUUUAAUGCUAAUGAAUUACAUUGUCAUUUCUGUAGUAUGGUGGAAAUGUGUCUAUUGUCACUUAUGCUGGUUUCCAGACCAAGCACCUGGAGACUUAAUCACGUUUAAGAGAAAAAAAAAAGAAAGAAAAGCAAAACACGAAUACGUGAAUUAACUAACCGUUUGCAUGCGCAAAUCCUUUCCUAGUCCACUUUGCACUCCUGAAGAUUCAGUGUUUGAAUGUCAGAAUCAACGUGUUGCACUUCCUGUAUCACUGGGCCAGGUGAAGCAUACAGAAGGCAGGAGGCCAGUUCUCCUGCUUGUUUCUUUCAAAACUUUAUGGACUUUAGAGCAAUAACACCUCCGCACUGAGCUGCUCUUACCGUGGUUGCAUGUUAACGAAGCCACAAGAUCACCCACAAAGCUACACCGCUGCCUCGCCUGACAUCUUCAUCCGACUGGCCGAAUCGGUGCUGAUGGGGAAGAAAUCUGCCACCACCCUCAUAUAUCACACAGAUAAAGCUUUUAGUAUCACGAUCUUAUCUGUUUACUGAGCAAGUUUCUGGAAGGCUGCAUUUACAUUUUACACAUUACAGGGAGCAGAUCUGUAGAGAACUGUGUGAGGGAUUCUGCCGAGAAAAAGUGCCGUGACUUUGGCAUGCCAGGUCAUAUAAUGUGUUUUCUUUUUCAUUCCACAUGACAAUGAGUGCACUGUAGUUUAUUAGAUCCUAGUGAAGCGUUUACUGAUUCGGGAAAAUAAAUUAAAUAAAACGUGCCACAUGCUUGUGUUAGACUGAUAGACCAUUCAGAUUUAAUCUUUCUAUUGUACAGUAACAAAUCCUACAUUAUAUCAGUAUCAACAAAUGACCCAUACACUAAUUAAGUACCAGUGAUAAAUACACUGAUCAGGCAUAACAUUAUCAGGGAGAGGUUAAGUGAAUAAGACUGAUGAUCUCCUCAUCAUGGCACCUGUUAGUGGGUGGGAUAUAUUAGGCAGCAAGUGAACAUUUCGUCCUCAAAGUUGAUGUGUUAGAAGCAGGAAAAAUGGACAAGCGUAAGGAUUUGAGGGAGUUUGACAAAGGGCCAGAUUGUAAUGGCUAGACCACUGGAUCAGAGCAUCUCCAAAACUGCAGCUCUUGUGGGGUGUUCCCGGUCUGCAGUGGUCAGUAUCUAUCAAAAGUGGUCCAAGGAAGGAACAGUGGCGUACCGGUGACAGUGUCAUGGACGGCCAAGGCUCACUGAUUCACGUGGGGAGCGAAGGCUGGUCCGUGUGAUCCGAUCCAACAGGCGAGCUACUGUUGCUGAAGAAGUUAGUGCUGGUUCUGAUAGAAAGGUGUCAGAAUAGACAGUGCAUCGCACUUUGCUGCAUAUGGGGCUGCGUAGCCGCAGACCAGUCAGGGUGCCCAGGUGGUCAUAAUGUUAUGCCUGGUCUGUGUAUGAUCUGGCUAAGAUACCCGAAGUGCUCACCAGAGUCAUAUAGGUGAUGCUAGGAUAUAGUGCAGGCCUCCAAUUGGCUGGGACAUGGCUGUAAUCAUAGUCACAGUAAGUUCAAUAAUAUUCCAAAAAUGAUUACAGCACAGUUUGGGAUGUAGAUAAAAAUCAACAGUCUGAUUCUAAGGAAAAUCUGGAAGGUUUAUCAGCUUGAGCUUUCUGCACGUAAAACCAAAUGCUGAGUAAAACUUAAGAAACUCAGAGAAGUGUCUACUUUUUUAAGUAUUAGGGAAGAACUGUAACACAAUGCAGCUAUCUGGGUUUUUUUUAUUAUUAUUUCUUUCCGUAAAUGAAAAAGAGUCAUGCAUAGGAUCGUUUUUUUUUUUUUUGUGACAUUAUGCAUUUCCCAAAGCAUAAAUCAAACAAGACAUGUAAUUUAAGCUGCAGUAAUUACAUCGCUGUAAAAGUAUUGUUCAUGUUCACAUUAAUGAAUGCGGUCUUUCUUUGUGCUUCAAACUUUGCAUGAAAGUCUAAUCUCUCCACCAGAUUCCCUCAAGGUUUUCUAAAAAGAAAUUGUUUUUAAUAGUGGCCAUUUUAUUUAUAUCAGUUUAUUUCUAUCUGGUAGAACAAGUGACCUGUUCAGAAUAAUGCCAUAGUGUUUGAUUACAUCCCUAUUAGGUACUCAGGAAAUCUGAUACUAAACUGAAUUUGUCCUUGUCUCUCAAGGAUACAUCUUUUUUUUUUUUAACCUUUAAUAUCUAAGGAUUUAAGGCAUAAUCAGACAUCCCCAGGUAAAAGAUCCACACUAAAGGUAGAAAGGAAGAAGUAUCCUUGAGGUUAUCAGUGCAGGAACAAGAAAAAGUACCGUUUUCUAUGAGAGGGAAUGAGGCUAAAAAUUGUACUGUUCUGUGCCAUGAUCUGAAGAUAAAACACUAAAUAUUAGCCACUUCUUAGCUAGGGACUCACAUCCUCGAUCUGAGCCUGUUGUCAAGAUUCAACGUCAACAAAUCUGGACAGGAUUUCGAGUUUAUGAUCUCUCUUUGAGGAAUAAAAAUAUCCUGGUUUGAUUUUAUAUUAGUUAGCGCUUGUUAUCGUCGUGAUAUGCUAGGUCAGAGUUUAUUACCGGUACCAAUCUAGUAGCUAAUAAACAAGCAACUCGGGUCAUGUCGGAUGUGUUUGAUAUGUGUGAUAUAUUAAUAACGAUGUGAUGUAAUAAUAAUGAUUUCUACAGCUGUUUGUUUGUUUGUUUGUUUUCCUUAGACCUCACAUCUGUGAUGCAUGUAACACUAGCCUGGUGGUCAACCCGUGUUAAUUAAAGAAGUGUGUACGUUUGCGGUAGAUGUUUACACUUUACACUAGCCCCUUCGACAUGGGUACAGAGGAUCACGCAGGUGACGUAGGUGUACGGGUUUAGCCGAAUUUGUUCUCGGAUGCGAUAGCCGUGUAGCUGUGCAGUGAAACCGUGUGAAAUUCGAAUAGACGAAAAAUUCCAGACGUCGCGUCAUGUUAGAGGCAGCUUCCAUCGUAAACACAUACACGACCAUUUCCUGCUCUCGGAAACAUCUGUAGACUUUUGUUUUCACUUUUGCAGCCAUCGACGUCGACAAUGACUGUGAUCCACAGUAGAAGAGAUGAACUGAGUCUGGACAUUGAUCACUUUUAUAAAACGAAACCUACAAAAAAACAAUAAACAUGUCUUUCUAACAAAUA